AUGGAGUCUGGGAUCUUUGUGGCCAUGCCGUUAGAUCGCUACAUGGCCAUCUGCCAUCCCCUGAGACAUUCCACCAUCCUGAUAAACCUGGUGGUGAGCAAGGUCUGCCUGGCCAUGGUGCUGCACAGUGGGAUCAUGAUAACUCCCUGUGUCCUCCUGGCAAAGCAGUGGUCAUAUUGCCGAUCAAAUAUGGUCCCCCUGCCUUACUGUGCGCACAUGGCCGUGGUGAGGUUGGCCCGUAGUGAUUUCAGUGCCAGUAGUUACUACAGCCUCUUUGUGCAAUUCUGUGUUAAUGGACUGGAUAUGAUUUUCAUUGUUGUGUCCUAUAUCCAGAUCCUCAGGGCCAGCUUCAGCCUCCCCACAAAGGACUCCCGAGUCAAGACUUUUGGGACCUGCAUCUCCCACCUCUGCUCCAUUUUAGUAUGUUACAUCCCAGAUUUCUUCUCUCUCGUGACCCGAUUUGAUAAAACAAAGCUUCACCCUUUCCAUGUUCUCAUUAACAACAUGUACUACCAGAUGCCCCCCAUGCUAAAUCCCAUCAUCUAUGGGGUGAUGACCAAACAGCUCCGGGACAGACUGCUGCAGCUGUUUAUUAAUAAAGGCCCUUGA